UGGAGCUGAGCUCGUCCAGCUCUCUGUGUUUGUCUGAAGCUGCUGCAGUUUGACUCCUGAACUCUGACAGAGCUGCUCCUCUUCACUGAGCCUUCAUCCUCUCACAAGAGAAGUCCCUCCUCCUCCGUCUCUCCUGAUAAAAAGUAACCUUUGAAAUCUAAACUUGGAUGUUUGCUGAUCCGGCCUGAGCAUGGAGAAGUACGAGAAGAUCGGGAAGAUCGGGGAGGGCUCGUACGGCGUCGUCUUCAAGUGCAGGAACAAAGACUCGGGUCAGAUCGUCGCCAUCAAGAAGUUCGUGGAGUCGGAGGACGACCCCAUCAUCAGGAAGAUCGCUCUGAGGGAGAUCAGGAUGCUCAAGCAACUGAAACACGCCAACCUGGUGAAUCUGAUCGAGGUGUUCCGGCGUAAACGGAAGCUUCACCUCGUGUUCGAGUACUGCGACCACACCGUCCUCAACGAGCUGGACCGCCAUCCCAGAGGAGUCCCGGAGCACCUCGUGAAGAGUAUAACGUGGCAGACUCUUCAGGCUGUAAACUUCUGUCACAAACAGAACUGUAUCCACCGAGACGUGAAGCCUGAAAACAUCCUCAUCACCAAACACCAGGUCAUCAAACUCUGCGACUUCGGCUUUGCCCGGAUUCUCACCGGUCCGUGUGAUUACUACACCGACUACGUGGCCACUCGUUGGUACCGGGCCCCCGAGCUGCUGGUGGGGGACACUCAGUACGGCCCCCCGGUGGACGUUUGGGCGAUCGGUUGUGUGUUCGCAGAGCUGCUGUCGGGGAUUCCUCUGUGGCCCGGGAAGUCUGACAUGGACCAGCUGUACCUGAUCCGGAGGACUCUGGGAGAUCUGAUCCCUCGACAUCAGCAGGUUUUCAGCAACAACCAGUUCUUCUGUGGAGUUUCCAUCCCGGAGCCACAAGAGAAGGAACCUUUGGAGCAGAAAUAUCCAAACCUGUCACACCAAGCUCUGAGUCUCAUGAAGGGUUGUCUGAGGAUGGACCCGUCUGAGCGGCUGACCUGUGAGCAGCUCCUGCAGCAGCCGUACUUCGACAGCCUGAGGGAGAAGAGCGAGACCACGUCACGAGAGCAGGAGCGCAACAAGAGGACCAGAUUUCCUCGGAAACAUCUCCCCGCUGGGUAUCUCCCCCAGCUGACCGGCAGCAGCAUCUUCCCCGCUGUGGACAACAAGAGGUACUACAACAACCUCCGCAAGUUCAACUACCACCUCCCCAACAUCUAGACUCUCUGCUCUGACUGAACCUCGAUGUUCUGAACACUCAGGAGAAGAAGCGACGCCCGGUAGCACCUUGGUUUUUUCAACCCUUUUUUAAAUGUGUGUCGAUCUAUGCACUAUUCCCCGACUCGUCCUCUCAGACUCGUGGGUUUACGGACGAUGUCUCUGCUGGUUUUGUAAAGAUGAAGAUGUUAGAGACAAGGAGUGACGUGUCGCUCUGCUUCUAGUCGCUGACGGUCAAACUGCCUCGCCUGGUUUGCCAAAUCCUAUUUUUAUAAACAGACGGACUCUGCAGGAGUGACUCUGAUAGAGAGUUUUUUAAUGUCUGCUGUAAAUUAUAAAGUACGGUCGAGUCUUUUUUCAUGACUUCUCAGAACUUCUGAGGAUAUUUAUUGACAUUAGGAGUGAAUAACAUUCCCAUAUUUAUGAGCGUUUAACAGAAUCACCACGUCUGACUUGUUAUUUCUGGAUCUUUGGUGCUAAGGAUGUUCACAGCCAUCUGUCAAUGAAUGCCAAACUGAUGUACAGAAAAGAAGAGACACUCUGAAGUCCUCAGCGUUUUGUUUUUCUCUGUAUCUACAUGUGGAGUAACAUUUCAUACCUGACAUGAUGAAAAUAAAAUAAACAGAAGAGUUCAAUCUC